AGAAGUGAUUCUUUGUGUGAUUUAAACAGAAAUGAUCUAGCCUAAAUACAAUAAGUCUAAAAAUGUAAAACACAUGGUAUAUAUAGCUUACUAUCUUGAUGAAAAAAACGAACGUUUUUUAAGUGUUUAAAUGAAAAAAAACCUGUCAAGACCGGCGUUUUCAAAAUCAAUUGAGAAAUAAGAACCGAAAUAAGGGCCACUUGCAUGCACGCAACAGUAUGGGAGCAUUCUAGCAGUAGCUUACUCACCAAUAUGGAAGCAUUCUGGCAGUAGCUUACUCACCAAUAUGGAAGCAUUCUAGCAGUAGCUUACUCACCAAUAUGGAAGCAUUCUGGCAGUAGCUUACUCACCAAUAUGGAAGCAUUCUAGCAGUAGCUUACUCACCAAUAUGGAAGCAUUCUGGCAGUAGCUUACUCACCACGAAGAGAUGCCAUCGACCUGCGUCAGGUCGGCACUGAUCUUGGUCGGCUUAGUUUUGCUUGACCAGCCGCACGGUUCGUUAGGCACCGCGUGUAAUGAGCUGCCAGCCGAUCACAGAAUCAACCAGAGAAGGUUCCACUGUUGUACGGAUACGGACGAAGAGCUGAUUUCCUGUCUGCUGCUGUGUGGGCCGGCAGGGAGUAAGCAGAUAGAAUUCGUCUGUAACCUGACAUCCGGAGAGUGGAACCAGGCUUUUGACCCGUAUGAUUUUCAAUGCGGCGAGCUCGUGGUUCCAGAAUUCCCGGACGGCUGUCCAGCGAACUUAGAGGAACUGAUUCUCGCGUCUGAUAAGGAGGAUGUCAGUGUUAUCUAUCCUCUGCCCAGAGCCAUUGGCUCCUCCGGUGGGUAUGUGCAGGUCCUGGGCUCCCCUGCCCCUGGGAGCGUCUUCAAGCUAGGGACUACCAAUGUCACGGUCACAGCUAUAGAUAGACUGAGCCAGUUAAACCAGACCUGCACAUUCGCCAUCCGUGUCAAGAGGCUUACCUGUGAUUUUCAUGAACUGAACAAAGCUAAACCGAACUACGUAAAGCGUGACGAUGUCUAUCAAGGUACUGACUACUAUAAGUUGACCUGUCCAUCUGGCUAUGAUCUGUACGGUGGCCCCUUCGCUAUCUGUAAACUUGACAUCCACACGAAAACAAAGAGCUGGAUGCAACCUGUACCGUUUUGCCACAACUGUUUACCACCAAGGAAGCCAAAAAAAGGAGAUGUUGACUGUGGUAGACGAGAAGACGGAGGUGUAGAAUGCACUUUAAAAUGCGGUGCCACAUUGAUCAAGCCUACAGCACCUACAGAUGCUACGUGUUUAGAUGGUAAAUGGAAACCAUUUGGGUACCUGACUGGCAGGGAUAUAGAAUGGGAUCCAUUUAGCUUUAUCCCAGACUGCAUAGCGCGCCUUAGGUCCAGUGGUCUAUAUAUUGAGGUGAAAAUCUACAACAAAGUUCCGGUGUGCAAUGAGGAGAAAAUGGCUGAAGCCCAACUAAAAUGGUCAGCAAUGCUACCCAGCAUUAACUUCACAGGCGCCUGCAACAAUACUCCCUGUGUAGCCACCUUUAGUAGUUCAAAAUGCCUUGAUGGAGUUAACGGUGUUAAUAUCGAGUAUAUCCUUGACGUAAUGGUCAAGACGAUCAAACAUUACAACAACGACUAUGCACAAAUCAAAUCUUAUUACGCUAUCAGUCAGUACUUCUGUGCUUACAUAAGAAAUCAUCAAGCUACAAUCACUCUCCCUGUACUCAGUGCCGAGCAUACCGCUACGUUUAGUAUCUACUGUGACGUUUAUACAACCUGCUCAAUUCCUGGGACUAACCCGGUAUUUAAUUCCGAUGCAUGCGUUGGUUGUGGCCAAGGUUACGUGCAAGACAUUUAUAGAUUUGGUGGAUGCGACAAGUGCCCGCCCAACACGUACCAGGGCCAGGAGAUAGGAUUGGCUUGCACCCCCUGCCCAGGAGCUACCGUUACUAUAAAUAGAGUCGGCUCAUCGCUUUCAGAUUGUAAAGAUGGGUGUGGCCUGGGAAUGUGGUUAAAUGUAGCACAGACAUUGUGUCUACCAUGCCCGAAAGGUACCUACCAGGACCAAGACGCAGCUACUAGCUGUAAGCCAUGCCCACCCCCUGCCACCACACUAGCAGAAAAGGCAGUUGCCUUGUUGGACUGUGUCGAGUUGUGCCCCCCUGGCCAGUGGUCAUUGGAUGGGGCUAAACCCUGCAAGCCGUGUCCUGUAGGGACCUACCAGCCCGAGGGUGGGGCCACUCAAUGUGUCGCCUGCCCAUUUGGCAUGUCCACGCUUGCACCUGGCCAAUCAUCCAUUGACGGUUGUGUUUGUAAGUGUCACAUACUUCACGAGAAGUUUAUUUACUCGUAG